AUGGUUUUGAAUCCUCGCUAUGGACGCUUUGGUCGCCGAGUCGAUUGGCUGGCAAUCGUGAUGUAUUCCCUUAUGAAUGGAGUCUUGGAGACGUUUGCGUUCCUCUUUGCGUACGACCUUGGUCGUCACCUUGAUGUGGAAUCUCUCUUUGGAUGGCACAACAAGAAUGAUGAGUUGAUUGGAUUCCUGAUUGGAUUCUCCAUCUACUACGUUUACGCAGGGUUGAUCCAUAUUGUUGUGUGGAUGCGCAUGGUGUUUCCGCAGCAUGUUCUCCACGAAAGCGCUCUCCCAUUCCAUACCCAUUGCUUGCCAUUUCUCACGCUGCAGUCUAUCGCAUGGCUGGUGCUUUAUGAAGCAACCAAUGAUGUCUUUUUCAUUUGCCUUUGUCAUUGCAUCACAGACAUGGGCCAUGCUUGGACCUGUGCCAUGCCCUACACAACCUGGAAUGCCAACGGAGCCUUUCUUUUGCGCGAGUGA